UGCUCUAACCCAACGUCUCAUCAUUUUAGAAGCACGUUCUAUGAGGCUAGAAAUUUUUAUGGGUUUUAUUAGAAGCUUUGCUUCUGCUGUUGAACUCUCGGCGGUUUCACUCAGGGCCGUGAAAAGCCGUCGCUUAACGCUAAUUGAGAGAGAGAGAGAGAGAGAGAGAGAGAUUAAUAUCAGUAUUCGAGUUAUGUUUCUUUGUUGAACUGGGCACUGCCCAAUUGGCUCCUUCGAACUUAAGGGUAAAUUUGGUCCAAAUUUGGAGCUAGAAGUACCAUUUUUUUUUGGUCUUUCUUCCCUUCUAAAUGGUUGUCAUGCUUAGUGCCCGUCUUCCCACCAUUAAUUAUGCUCUUCCUUCAGGUAGAGAUUGUAAGUACACAGGUCAAGCAGUGAGAGCAUUCCCUAUACGAAUAAUAUCAGUAGGGAAAAAGAGAUCACAAGGUGUACAACUCGUAGUGGAUGAGUACAUUGAAAAGCUUAAGCUCUACUGUAGUGUUGAAGAUGCUCACAUACGGAACAAUCCUAAAAAUGCACGUGAUUGGAGAGCUCAGGUUGAUCAUGAAGACAGUGCUGUUAUGGAUCUUAUCACGUCUGACGAUUGGGUUGUGCUGUUGGAUGAGCGUGGGAAAGACAUAGGGUCCGAGCAGAUGGCUGAGUUGGUGGGGGAUGCUGGAAAUACAGGAGCUUCAAGACUAUCAUUCUGCAUUGGUGGACCGUAUGGUCAUGGAAAACGAUUGCGAGAGCGUGCUGAUGUUUCUGUCAAGCUGUCUUCUAUGGUAUUAAACCAUCAAAUUGCAAUAGUUGUGCUCGUAGAACAACUCUAUAGGUCGUGGACUAUUCUGAAAGGACAGAACUAUCAUCGUUAGCCUUUCGUUUCCUGUUCUGAACAAUGCUAACAGGGCAUCGGCAACAUAUACAUCAGAGUAAGAGUAACACACUGGACUGACAGGGUUGCUGGUGGCUUAAACGUGUAUUUGGGUUUGUGGAACUAGAUUGUUCUAUAGUUCUGAAAUUCAUACAUUAUUUUUCUUACUCUCAGUAAUGUAGUGGAUUAAACCUCAAUGAGAAAGAAAUUACAGGUAUUAAAGGAGUUUCAUGAUAGAUCGUUUCUGU